CCUGUGAAACCACCUACUGGCACGAUAUCGAUUCAUGUGUGGAUAUUUCUUCAAAUUGGAAAUUUUCCUUCUUACCUACUUACGAAAUAUGCGAUUUCGACCUCAUCUUAGCCCCUGGAUUUGCAGGAAAUUUAAAUCUGUAUAUAAUUAGACACGAAAUCGAGGAGGGAAACAAUAGACUGAUAAAUUAAUAUUUUGAAUUGUCAGUAACUAGUUCAAAUUUUUUUUGGAAAAUGCGUAAGGGAAAUUUCGUUUUGUGCUUUACUUGUAGGGUUUGAUUUAUGGAACGGAGUUGAAUUUUUUAAGCAAUAUUGUUUGAUUUCAGUAGCGGUCGGUUUGUCGGGAAUAUCGCUGAAAAUUAUUUUUGUAAAUUAAAAAAUGGGGAGGAAGAAGAGGAAUCUACAGCUCAUCGGUUUAUCGGUGGAGUUUGGAGGAUAGACUGGAAAAGCUAAGGUAUCAGAUGCGAGCCAAAAUGACCGAAAGAAGAGAAUUGCUGGUAAUGGUUGGCCACGGCAGUUACAGGGGUGACAUGUAGCCUGCAUCUCACAAGUUUAGACCGAAAUACGGGUCUUUCUAAGAUAUGGCAAGGUUUCGCUUUUUCAGAGGAAUCUUGGCCACGGCACAGGGUGUGCUUAGGGCAAAUGGAGGUGCUUCUGGCUUCUGCGGUCGUCGAUUGUUUGAUUAUUCCCUGUUACCUGCAUUGCGCACCAAUAUUUUGUUCGCUACAUCGGCAGAAUAUAAACAACCCGAGUGGGAGAGAACAAGCAAUGGCGGCGGCGGGGGCGGGGGCGGCAUUGCGUUGGAUGAGGUGAAGAGAAUUUUAAGGCUGGCAAAUGUGGAGGCGCUGAAGAAGAGGUUGGAGGCUGAUGGCAAGGAGUUUAUCACGCAGAUUGAGCUUCUAAAACUGUGCCGGAGCAUGGGGGUUGCGCAGUCGGAUGAAGAAGCUGAAGAUUUUGCCAAGGCUUUAGACGCUGCAGGAGUGAUUUUGAUCUUUCGCAAUAAAGUCUAUCUCCAUCCUGAGAAGGUUGCAGAGCUUGUGAUGAAUGCAGUUCCUCUUGCAUUGGCACCGGAAGAUGAUCACAGAAAACAGGAACUGGAAAAGCUGCAGAAAGAGAAGGAAGAAAUUGAUAGGAUCGCACGGAGGCAUGUUCGCAUUGUCUUGUGGACAGGUUUAUGUUGUCUAUCCAUGCAGACUGCAUUGUUCUUUCGUCUGACAUUUUGGGAGCUUUCCUGGGAUGUCAUGGAACCCAUUGCAUUUUUUGUCACAACUGGUGGAUUACUUCUAGGCUAUAUGUAUUUUCUCAUUACAUCAAGAGAUCCAAGUUAUCAAGAUGUGAUGACAAGGCUUUUUCUUUCCAAGCAAAAGAAGCUUUACAAGAAGAGAAAGUUUGACGUGGAUAGGUUUUUGGAAUUGCAGAAACACUGUAAAUCUCCCUUGGAUUACAAAAAUGGGAAGGAAGCAGUUCUUGGGAACUGAUUUUAUGUUACCAGAACUUCUGCAUCCUUGUCUGGACAGCUGUACAAGCUUCAGCUAUUCAGUGGGUAUUUCAUUGUCACAUAGGAGCUAAAUAAGACUAACGUAACAUAAUACACAUAACAUAUGGUAUAACUCGCUGCACUGAUUGCUUCAAUGAUAUUAACCUUUCCUGUUAGGUAGUAUCUUUUAGGACUUUCCAAUUGGAUUUUUAAUCUUGGGAGCUUCAGGAAAUUGCUGAGUUUCAAGGGACUCUAAUUUUGGAAGACAUGAAAAUAGAGUUUUACAGCCGCAAUUGGCACUUUGUUUUUAGUUUGUUUAGGCAUUAGGGCUAAUUUACCUCUGAUUGUAAUGCCAUAUUGAGCAUCAAGGUAAAAAUCUGGGGCAAGAACAGCUUGGAAUUACUUCUUGAGGUCAAAUUUUGACUAUUUAUAGAAUGAUUAGAUUUAUGGUGGUAAUUGUUUUUCCCUCGUUUGCAUCUCUGCAUGUCUCAUAAAAUCAUGUAAAUCUGUAAAAUUUGAGAACUGACUUCUCACGAAGCCUUUGUCUCGUUCUUACCAACUGUUUUAUAAAUAUGCGGCUAUGAGGAGAACUGAUGUAGAAUAUUUUAA